UAUUUUCCAAAAAAAAAAAAAAAAGUGCCAAUAAAAUGAUUAGUGUUUUUGCUUUGAAGCCUUCAUUUUUGUUUCAUUUUUUCAACAUUAAAAAGAAAACAAAAACAAAAACCCUUGUUUGGGGUUGUUUGAUCCUUGAAGAAACAAGCUUUAUGGAACAAGAAGGGGUUACCUUAGAAGAGCUGAAGAAGAAAAUGGCUGACUUUGCAAAGGAAAGAGACUGGGAUCAGUUUCACAGCCCUAGGAAUCUCCUAUUAGCCCUGGUGGGAGAAGUAGGGGAAUUGUCUGAGAUAUUUCAAUGGAAAGGCGAAGUACCAAGAGGGUUACCUGGUUGGGAAGAUGGAGAGAAACAACAUUUAGGGGAAGAGUUAUCAGAUGUAUUGUUAUACCUUGUUAGGUUAUCUGAUAUAUGUGGUGUUGAUCUUGGUAAAGCUGCUUUGAGGAAGAUGGAGUUGAAUGCUAUUAAAUAUCCAGUCAAGCUUUGUAAAGGUUCAUCUAAAAAGCACACGCAAUUCAAUGGUGACAGUGGUGAUAAUGCUGAUAAGGAUCAGGGACAUUAAAAUAACAGUGACAUCUAAAGUACUAAAAGAACCUGUUUGAUGUUUUGAUGUUUGGUUGUGGUUUUAUUUUGUAAUUUGGAGACUAGAUUUUCUUGGAUUGGAUUUUGAAUGGUUAAUAUCAUUUCAUAUAUGAAAGGGAGCUUAGUUAAUUAA